AUGGCAUACCCCUGUACAUGCAGCUGCUCCUGUGGCUGGUACCCUCCGGUCCAGGUGGAAGGCGCUCCCGCGGAUGCUUGGUGGAAGGAGGCCAUCCGCCACGAGACAGAGAAUCGCUGGUAUGUGCGCCAGCUGCCGGGCGCCUGGGCGGCCACUUUCGGCGGCUCUCAGGUGGGCGAACUCAUCAGGCACCAGGUGGAGCCUGCAUCGGACCGCUCGUUCCGGCCCUUCGGCCGGCGGGUUCUGGCAGAGCCGCGGGAAAGCGAAGAAUUCAAGAAGGUCAUGACGUGGGUAGACCAGGAGUCUGAGCCGAGAGCACGGCCGGCUCGACAACCGAGCCAGCCCUGUCAGCCCUGCGCCCCCACUACGCCUACACCAGCACCCGUGCCCGCGCCGGCUGUGCCCCUGUCGGCGCCAGCGCCGACGCCAGCUGCUCCGGCCCCGGCAGGUUUGCCGUCCUUCUCAGCGUAUGGCGCAGAGCCCGCCACGCCAACAGCACCCGGAGCGCCAGUGCCGGCGCAGGUGGUGCGACCGCCGAUCCCCGAGGUACCACCUGGGAUGCGACUGGAGCCGGUGACCUUUGUGCAGACGGCGGAGCCAGUCUCUCGAGAAGUUGCAAGCGCGGAAGUGCAACCGUCUCCCUCUUUGGCCCCUCCAGCUGAAGUGACAGACGAAAAGGACUCGACGCUGGUUCCGGGAGACUUCCAACUCGCGGGCCGGCCAGCGGCAGCCAGCAUGGAGCAGGCCACAAAAGAGACUCUGGACGCCAAGCUCGGAGUUGUGAAGGCUGCAGCCAAGCUGAAGGUAAGCUCCGGGCGAAAGGAAACCAGGGAAAAGUCGAAGGGCCGCAUGCAGGGGCGGCAGAAAGAGGCCGAAGAUCAGUGGAUCAGCCGGCAGAAACCAAAGCCAGAGUCCCGUCACAGCUACAAUGCCAACAUCAGUGCUUGCAAGCCAUGA